UGCGUAGUUUUUGUUUUAAAUUUGCUUCUCGCUGAGCCAUGUGCGGAACUCGAAUGCAAUCAAAGACGCGCUGCAUUAACAAAUACACCCCCAAAUCGAAUUAAAGCAAACAAUCUAACGCAGAUUGAGUUGCAAUUGAACGGGCGAAACUAGCGAAUUUGUAUUUGUAUUUGUAGUGUGUAGAUUUCCACAUACCACUACCACGUAACGUAACAUGUGUGAGCCCAAGUGAAAGACAACCCAGCCAGCUGAGCGAGGUCGGUCGUGGCCAAAAGAGAAACGGAAAAUUGAAAAUAGAUGAAAACACACAAUAUUGAAAUUUGACAAAUUUUGUUUUGUUGUAGAUGAAAGCGAGAAGCAAAAACAGAGGCUAAAAAAGGAAUAACGAAUUUAUAAUCAAAAUUGUUUGUUUUCUAUUUAAUAUCAGUACGAAUCGGGCGUGUUAUGCAAAUAAUAAAACUAAAUCAGCUCAAGUGCAUCAUUUUAUCCAAACUGCGUCACACUUGGACACACCUUCUGGUUGUUGUUGCCCGCCUGUUAGACAGGAUAUAUUACAAGGCGGUGCUGCCAUUUAAGUGGGAACCUCAGCCUAAUAAUAACAACAAUAAUAACAAUAACAAUCACAUAAUGGAGCAGGACUUGCCAGAAGACGAGCACGGUCAGCAGGAAGAUCAGGCCCAGGGAAACGCUAAUUUCAUAGCCCGCAUGCAGGCCAUUGCAGCGAACGCUAUUGCCCUAGCUGAGCCAAUGGACGCGGCCAGCGAUAUGGAAAACGAGGAUGCCGAUGAAAUGGACGAGGAAGAAGAUGAAGACGAUGCCGAUGUAGAUUAUGGUGACUCCGACUCUGAUUCGGAAUUCGAAGAGGUCUAUACAGAUGAAUCGACUGACGACGAAGACGAUGAUGACGGCGAAGACGGGAACAACUUUGCUGCGAAUCGCGUUCGAUCGAAAAAUGCCCAAGAGAUGCUCCUCAAUUCUGAGCAACUGCUUCAACAGCAGCAUCAGCAAUCAAAGUUAUUGCGUCCGUAUAGCUUCCAGCCAUUGCGUCUGGUCAAGUGCCAUUACAAAGAGAAGCAUUCUCCAGGAGGUUUUCCUCUGGCGCGCAGUGGCCAUCGAAUCAUAGCUUCCAAUUCGCAUCUCUAUUCGUUGGGUGGCUACAAUCCACGCAGUGCUUCGGUUGCUACACGCCGUAAUCGUUGCCAGCUCUUCCAGGAGCUGUGGAGCUAUAAUUUUGCCACCAAUCGAUGGAAGCUGGAGCUGAAUGAGGAAUAUGCUGACAAUAUGCCUGUUGAGUUGGCCUCUAACGCAUUAACCAUUCACAAUAAUGUUUUGAUUUCCCAUGGCGGAACAGGAUAUCCUUUUGGUGAAUCCUGUUCGAAUGAUUGCUAUGUGUAUUGUGCUGGCAAUACCGGAAUCUCUGGCGUUGAGCGUCUUAAGGUCACUGGAGAUUUGCCCACGGCACAGUAUGGACCAGGAAUUGUUAUACACAAGCAUUAUCUGUACACGAUUGGCGGAACCACAGGAUUCGAUUACACUUGCGAUGUCUAUCGCUUGGAUUUACGCACCAGGGUUUGGGAGAAUGUCUAUAUCAGUCGGCCAGAGAUGCGCGACGAUCCAGAGGGACGCUAUCGUCAUGAGGUUGUUUACGAUGGGAAUCAUAUCUUUGUGCUAGGCGGAGGCACUUCGCAAUCGGUGUACGACCUGCAACGUAUACCAGCCUACAAUCUGGAAGCAAAUUGCUGGAAUUACUUUGACACAUAUCCCGAUCGAAGCGUCAACGGCGGUUCAGUCGAGGAGAGCAAUAGGGGUUACCCCAAGCCGCGCAAAUGCUUUUCCUGCGUGCAACAUACAUUAUACAAUGGCGAUAUUGAAGCCUUCAUAACAGGAGGUUUGCAGGGUGACUUCUGCACAUACUUUUCCGACAUUUGGAAGCUUAACUUGCGAACAAAGCAAUGGACACUCAUUAUCACUGCAAGUCUGCCACGUCCGCUGUAUUUCCAUUCAGCCGCCCAUUCGGACAACGGUUGUAUGUAUGUGUUCGGCGGCAUUGAGUACAAUGAAAAGGAGAUGCGACGUCGGAAUGAUCUCUAUAAGAUGUGGAUGACAGUACCAAAGCUAAGCGAAAUGUGCUGGGAUGCCGUCACAUAUUACAAUGAAAAUCUCGAUUGCUUCGAUCGUCAGAGCCUGUUGCGUGCUGGAAUCCCCAAGAGCUUUGCCCAGCGCCUGCCACCACAACGUAAAAAGAUAAUGUCCAAGGACGAAGCAGGUGGAUCGAUGGUUAUAUCGCUGUGCUCCAAUCCGAAGCGAGCCCGGCCCACUAUGCAUUAAAUAGUUUAUAAAUAGGGGAGGAAGCUGAUGCGAGGAUGGGCCGUUGAUCCAUCGCCUCCCUUCAAAUCAUACGACAAAUUAUACAUACGCCUAGGCAUAUACAUACAUCUAGAUAUAUGUAUAUAUAGUGUGUUAUAUAUCAACGACGUAUGUAAGUUAUAUUUUUUAAAAAGUUGUUUUCAAGUGUUUUUGAUUUUUGAGCGCGCGCUGUGAUCGAAUACGAAGGACAUUUAUAUUUAUAUAUAUAUAUAUAUAUACAUAUAUGUAUUUUGAUAUUUCGAGACUUGAAAAGCGAAGAAGAGAAGGAUGAUAACAUGUGUUUAGAGCAUGUAAAUAAGAUAACUAAUUAAGUCUAGCUAGUGGAACACGACAGGCAGGCGGAUAAACAGGACCGAACCAAACAAAAACCAAACCGAGCGGCGCACCCCCAAGUAACCUAAUUCUAUAUAAGCGCAUCUCUCUUUAUCACUCUAAUUUUCAAAUAUUUUGCACCUUUUCUUCAAAUCUCUCUCACCACCUUACUCGAAGUGCAUAAAAUAAUAUUCAAUAUACAUAUAGAUCGAAGACUACACCAAAACAUGUUCAUAUAGUGAAGGAGGCCCCCCACUCCCAUGUAUUUUUUCUCAAAAUGUACAUAACAUUUAGCGGUAGCAAUAACUAUUUAAAUCUAAUCUAAGAUCAGAGAUAUGUGAAGUUCAAAAAAGCAACAGUAAAUGCAGAUAUACAGCAGAUGUCUAUGGUCAAGACGAGCCCCUGCCCGGAUUUGAUAACGAAAAAAUUGAGUACGAAAACAAAAGUUUGCUCGAGUUAAAACCAUUGCAACACCCCCAAGACUAAAUUUGGUUGAUUUUAAGUUAAUAAAAUAAAUUAAAAACAAUAUAAA